AUGACGGAAACCGAAAAGAAGCGCGGGCGGUUGUCGCGGUUCCUCCACAAGGACAAGGGCAAGCCGGCGUCGUCUCUGCUGCUGGCGGCUCUGACGUCGGAGGUGGCGCCGCUGCGCACGCCGCUGGGCCUCCGCCGGGCGCUGUCCGAGGUCGUCCUCGGCGCCCAGCUGCGCCAGUCGCCCGACUCGGCGCUGCUGCUGGCGCCCCACCACCACCACCACCACUUGUUUGGCCACCACCACAACAACACUCCGCCGCCAAGAGAGAUGAAACAGUUGCUGAAGCUGGAGACCCUCGCCAAAAUGGAACAGAUUCGCGAGCGCAACGCUAAAUUGGCGCUGAUCCGCCAGAAGAACCCGCCGCUGAUGCUGAACCAUUCGCCGGCGCACGAUAAGAUCGUGUAUAACCCGAUGGGUCUCUCGCUGACCCACUCCAUCGGCAAUCGGUCGCUGUUUUACCAGCUGGGCGCCCCCGACGAAGAGCGAGUAUUAUCGCACCCGGUUGCCGACCCCAACGACCAUUUGCCCGACGAAUAUAAACAGCCCCACCUGAACUUAUUCGACGAGUGGGAGAUCGACAUGCUGCGCAUCAAGUUGGGCGACGGCGGCUCGCUGGACGUGCGCAUCAUCAACGCCAUUGGCCACAAAAAGCGGUAUUAUGCGCUUAAGAAGUUCACGUUAUUGAAAAAGGAGACGGAUGAAGAGUUCUAUAAGCGCGCUAAGAAGGAAUACAUCAUCGCCAAACAGGCGCUGGAGCUGCGCCACUGCAUCGACACCAUCGCCCUCGUGCGCAUCCACCAGAUGCACUCGUUAACUCGAGGUUGGGGGAUGGUGCUUGAGUACUGUCUGGGCGGCGACUUGUUCAAUUUGAUUACCCGCCGCGCCUAUAAGUACCAGCCGUUACAGGAGAAAUACUGCUUGUUUAAGCAAAUCGCCUAUGGCGUCAAGUGGCUCCAUGAAAACGAUAUUAUCCACCGCGAUUUGAAGCCGGAAAACGUGUUGCUUGACGCUAACGGCGUGUGUAAGCUCUGUGACUUUGGGGUGCUGACAUACGGCCACCACCCUCCACGAGCGUUUGAUACCCCCGUGGUUUUGCUGACGCUGUACGUGGGGCUGCCGCCUUAUACUCCACCGGAAGUGAUGCUUUUAGCCGAUAAAAAGGAUCACGAAGCGAAACAGUUUGCCUACGACCCCUUCGCCAUGGACAUGUGGGGUUUGGGGAUGUUGCUCUUCUGUAUCAUCUAUGGGGGUGUCCCCUUUGAGCUGGCGGUGAACCUGAAUUCUCAGUACCGCGACUAUAAGCUUAGCUUUGACCGCUUCGCUCAAUCGCACCCCAACUUCAAAUUCAAUAAGGGGUACCCUAAAGGGCCCGGGGUCGAGUUUCGGUGGGCGCUGCAUUUCCAGUCCCAGGGAGCGCUGAGAGUGGCAUGGAAGUUGUGUGAUCCUACUACGCAAUACCGCUACACCAUGGACCAUUUGUUUAAUGAUCCGUGGAUGCAGCUGUUGGAGAUGUGUCUCUACGAGGACCCCGACCAGUUGGUGCUGCCAUUUGUGCUUCCGGGCACUGGAAAUGACGUGCCCAUAUCGCUGCUGGCGCUGGCGGCGCUGCUGCGCAACCCGCUGCGCCGGGCCACCACGAACAACGGGCGGGUGACGCUGCACGGGUCUGUUGCCAGUCACCAGGAGCCGGUGCGGAGCAUGCUUGAUCCAGCCCCGGCACCGCCGGCCUCUGCCGCUAACGUCAAUAGCGGCACUGACGCCGAGCAGCUGCCAGCGGCGCCAGCGGCGCCGAUGCUGCCACUGCUGUCGCUGCUGCUGAUCCACUCCCAGCUGCUGCUCACUUAUGGCGACGCCCACCCGCCAGUGGCACCGAUAGCGGAAGCGCCGUCGUCGAUGCUCCACGGGCUUCUGACGAUUACUCUGGGCGAUACCGAAGACGAGUACCCGGCGCCAAUGCCGCAGUCGCCGUCGCCGCCGCCGCAGACGCUCGACCCCGUGCGUGAAGAUGGUCGCGACGACAAUGCCGGAAGCGACCACCCGACAACGGUGCCGACACCAGUGCCGACGCCGGCACCGACGGUAGCGCUGAUGGUGGCUGCUGGCACCCAUGGCGACGCCUGCGUCCACCCUGAUUUCGCCCAGCUGAAACGGAUCCCGCUGAUGACGCUGAUCCUGCUGUCGCUGCCACGGGUGAUGCCGAGCCGCGGCUCGCAAAUCAACAUUCCCCGCAACAAGCUGGAGGUGGAGUUGUUGUUGAUCGACUCGCUGCUGCGGACAUAUAAGCCCAACGAGCACGCGGCGUUGGACACGCUGGGGAUGUGUGACUUGGGGUACAAGAUCAAGAAGCACAACCACUUGCUCAAGUAA